UCGUAACAUUACAUUGACAACCAGUGCAUGCCGAGGAGGAGCGUCGACAAGCCAUCGCCUCAUGUCGUGGUAAAAUGACAUUGGAAAUUAUCUCAUGUAAAAUUAGGAUUUCCACAUGUGCACGAAUUCUAACUUACUACAAAACUACAACAGGGAGCUGUGUUUAAACCAUUUCUCGUGCAGCUAUUACCAUCUUCACAAUUACCAUUUCCGGUUGAUACACAUUGCCGGUGUUCCACGGUCAUCAUUUUGAUUUGAUAACAGCGAAAAUCACGCACAGACAGCAUGGCUGGGCAAGAAGCAAAGUUGACCCUUAAGCUACUAUUAAGUAUAUUUUUCACAGUAUUUGGAAACAGUUUUCUAUAUGGGUACAAUAUAGGAGAUGUCAACAACCCAGCACCUGUUAUACGAGAGUUUUAUGCUAGAAUACUAUUAGAAAGAAAAGGACUCUUCCCUCUCGCGGAACUUUCACCAAAUGAAUCUGCAACAUUUCUUGCCGACCUUGCCAAAGGACCAGGGUAUGAAGCUAAUAGUUCUUCAGGGGGCAUGGCAGCUAUGGCCAAUAUGAGUUUGGAACAAAUUGAGGUCCAGAUCAUUAAGAAGAUGGUGGAAAACGAGCCUGUCAUUGAAAUCCUGUGGUCCGUCACUGUGGCUAUAUUUGUCUUAUUCGGAAUGAUCGGAGCGUUUGUGUCCGGAAGUGUGGCAGAUCACUUCGGAAGGAAGAAGGGUAUGUUACUGAUCACGGUGUUGAUGUUCCUCGCCGCCCUGUUUGGUGGUAUCCCCAUCGUCACUGCAUCUUUUGAGAUGCUGAUUGUACACCGAGCCCUGGUCGGCCUCCAUUGUGGUAUCAACAUCAGUUUGGCCUCCAUGUACCUGGCCGAGAUCUCUCCCCGAAGUAUUCGUGGUGCUGUAGGUACCUGCCAUCAGCUUUUUAUCACUGUCGGUAUCCUGUGGAGUAACAUCAUGGGAGUGUCAAAACUCUGUGGUACUGCCGACCUAUGGCCAAUGGUGUUUGUCUUCAAUGCUAUCCCUGCCUUUGUCUGUCUUAUCGGACUGCCCUUCUGCCCAGAAAGUCCUCGCUUCAUGUUGAUCAAGCAGGGCAAGGAGCAGGAAGCCAGAGAUGCUCUGAAGGCAUUGCGAGGCUAUUCCGACGUUGAGGAGGAGAUCGAUGAGAUGAAGGUGGAGGCCCGUAAGAGUCAGAGCGUGGAGAGCUUCUCUAUCAAGAAGCUUCUGACUACUCCGGACCUGAGGAUUCCCGUCAUCAUGGCCUGUGUGUUACAGAUCUCCCAGCAGUGGUCAGGUAUCAAUGCUGUAAUGUCCUUCUCCAGCUUCAUGUACAAGAACGCCGGAGUACCCACCAACGUGAUUGAGUGGGUAGUGUGUGGAACCUCCACGAUCAACGUCCUCACCACCAUUGUGGCCGUACCACUGAUGGAGAAACUCGGACGACGCCCACUCAUGAUCUACCCAAUGAUGGGAAUGGCUUUGUCCUUCGUCAUCCUGACAAUCUUUCACAACCUCCAGUAUGAUACGGAUCUUGUUGAAAACCAUCAAACAUAUGCUUAUGUUGGAAUCGCUGCCAUGCACACCUAUGUCAUUGGUUUUGCCCUCGGUUUGGGUCCUAUCCCAUUUAUCAUCGUGAGUGAGAUCUUCAGACAGGAGCCUCGUGCUGCAGCCAUGAGUAUUUCCUUGGCGUUUAACUGGGUGUGCAACUUCACUCUCAUGUUGGUGUUUAGAUUCAUGCAGCACGCCAUGAAGGGAUAUGUUUACCUGCCAUUCAUCGUCAUUCUUGUUCUUGCCAUCAUCUUCAUCAUCAUUAUGGUGCCGGAAACGAAGAAUAAGACAUUCGAUGAGAUUGCAGUACAGAUUGGAAUGGGCCGCGGUAAAAAGGGAUUAACUUACGACCAGGAUGAAGGACAAGAACUCAACAGCAUGAAGACUUAAAGAUUGUAGUAAUAACAUCAGAAUAUUUAAAAUACAAACUUUGACUAAGUUAUAGAAGUUGUACUUCUUAUACCAAUUUAGCCAUGUUUCAUUGUUGGGGGUUUGAAUGUAGUAGUAAAAUUGAUAUGUGUUAUUCUUUCCUUUUUUAUGUUAAAAAAUAAUAGCACUUUAGGGUAUUUAUAACCAGUUCGGUACAAAAAUUUCACUAAUAGUCCAAAUGUUAUAAACUGCAGAAACAACAUUGACAAAUUAACCCUUGUCCAUUAAUCGGUUUGUUGGUGUUUUUGCAGUUUCGUUUUUUGUUGUAGGUGUCCACAAGCAUUUUACAAAUUAUUCUGUAAAAACAAUCAAUCCUUAUUUUAUUUCGUAUAAUUUUUAUGCCGACAGGUAAUAUUUUUCACAUGAAUUUGUCAACUAUAGAAAAAAAAUGACAAAGCAGCUCAAAAUUUAAUACCUACAAACUAGUUCUGGAUGAAACGACUGCAAAAAACUUGCUUCACGAAAUUUAACAAUUCUAUGUAUAUAAAAACUGUGUAAAGGGAUAAACUCAAGUUUGUUUCCUGGGUUUAUUGCCCCAUUUACAACCAGGUUCAUUUUGAGGCUGUAAAUGUAGUAGCUGAUUGCUACAUUGUUAGGCUGAACUACAUGCAAAAGGUCUGUUCCAUGCUAUCUGUGCAAUUGGACUAAAGUGUCUCGCCCAAAGACACAAUUACGUCAGUGCAGGCAGUCAAUAAUCCGAGGUUCCUGAGAGAGGAACAAUUCAGGAAAGGAACUCAACAACACACCUUUGAUCUGUAAAUGAAGCAUCAUCGAGAAGCUCUUAUUGUCUGAGCUUUUUUCCUAGAAGCUCUUAUUGUCUGAGCUUUUUUCCUAGAAGCUCUUAUUGUCUGAGCUUUUUUCCUAGAAGCUCUUAUUGUCUGAGCUUUUUUCCUAGAAGCUCUUAUUGUCUGAGCUAUAGCAGCUCUUAAGCGCAACACUUGCAUAAUAAUGAAGUGCUGGAGAUCAUUUUCAUUAGGCAUUCAGUUUACAUUCAAUUACUUAUCAGAGGAUGAAGUAUAAAAUAAAUGAAUGUGUGUUUUAAGAAUUUGAAUCUCACAAAAGAUGCAAUAUGUGUACAUCAAUUGACAAUGUAACUUUUAAAGACUUAUGAAGAGAGGGUUGUUUGAAAAGGAAUGAUUGAAAACUAAUUUCACAUGUUGAGUUGAAAGACAUUUAAACACAUAUUAAAGAUAUAUUUUGCAUUAAGUUAUAUAUCCAGCAAAUAUGCAUGUUAGACUUAUUGUUGUAGUUUGGCUGUAUGUCUGUACCUCAAGGUUUCAAUAUGCAUGACAUUUGAUGUUGUCUUAUAAGGACACUGUUACAUUGGGUACACUCCGAGAAAAUCUGUCAAUCUCUGCUUAACUAAAACAACUGUCAAAAUAAAAUUUUAUCAACAAAUUGCAAGUACUUCUAAGAAUAUACAUUUUAGCAGGACAUUCAUGAUUCAGAAAUAUCAAAUGAUAUGUUCUGCAUACAGUUAUAUAUAAAAACGAAAAAAAAAAAAAAAAAAGAAAAAAAAGACAAACCUCUAGAUACAAGUACGUAGCUCAGGAAACAUUCACAUAUAAUACAACUAUAAAUGCAUUUCAAAGCUCUAGUCCUGAAUUUAUUUUUGAUAUAUUCUUAUUUUGAUUAUAUUUUUUUUUUAUUUUUUGACUUUUGAAGAUAUAUAUUUAUUGGAAAAAAUAUUACAUUAUUUACCUUUCAAUAUCCAAGAAUUUUAUUCUUUAUACUUAUAUCUACUUUAAAGUACAUACAUAUAUCUAAAAUUUGUGGUCACAUUUGAAAUAUAUUUUCAUUUCAAUAACAUUCUAAUUUGCUUUUAAGUAUUAGAUACAGAAUACCGAUGGAGAGAAUGUGUUAUGUUCACAUUUUCUGAUCAGGCUCUGAAGCACAAAUGUACCUUGUUUUGUCUGCGAACAGGUAGAAAGCUUAAUUUAAUUUUAGCCUCUUCAUUUCAAAAUGGUGUGCUUUGCUAUUUACCCACAUUCUGCCAUUCUAUAACAGAAAAACUCUUUAGAAAAUAUCUAUAGUGAGAAAUGAGAUUAUAAAUUUACUUUAGAUUUGUUGUAAAAAUUAUUUUAAAUAAUUCUAAGAUGUUGAAUUUGGAGGAAUUUUUGAAAAAUUUCUGACCACUUGGAACUUAUCUAUACUUUAAAUGCAAGUUGUAUGUAUAUGACAUUGUAUAAAGUGCUAAAAUGUAUUUUUCUUACUACUUGCAAUUGAGUUCAUUAAAUACAUUACUGUAAGUUUGAUGAACUGAAAAUUUUAUAGAAAUAUUGAACCUUGCUUAACAUGUCUGUUGGUAUAACACCUAUAUUCCUGGUUGUGUUAAUCUGCCUAUUAGUCCCCUAUCAGUAAAACCGGGUGGACUACGGGUUCCUUCCCGUCUGUCUGUCUGUAAUUCUGUCCACUCAGUUUUCCACUCUUUUCUCAGCCAUGCUUCAAGGUAUGUUGGUUAAAGUUGGGUUGUAACUUCAGUACGAACAGCUACAGAUCAAGUUCGAGUUUCAGGGUUUUUGGGUCAAGGUAACGUUUAGUCGGGGUCAAUAGGGGACAUGUACCAAGCAUGCUUGUUUACUUCGGACAUUCAGUAGUAUAUAUGUACCCUCUCCUUGUUACUGAGACCUUUUAAGUCUUAAUAUCAAGAAAUCAAUGAUACAUUGUAUUAUGAUUUGAUUUUAAUAGUUAAAAAGAAAAUUACUUCAAAACUAUCUGGAGUCUUUCAAAAGGAGACGAUAAUUUAGAUUAUUAAAGACAUUUAUGCAGUCUUUUGUGACAGCUGUAAAUGAUCUAGAAUGGAGUGAAGAUUUGAAAGGUAUGCUGUAGCAGAAUGCUUCCUCUGCCAGAACAUGACGUUCAUCUUAUUAAUUCAGAUUAUCUUCCCAUAUGUAAGUCUAUUCAUCGCCCAGAUUCCUAUAUACAAAGUGUAUGUGAUUUUUUCCCGUUGCUAGAGUGAAAUUGUAAUUUUGGCCUUGUUUGGGUAUCAAUCAUACAUUCAUAUUCAAAAUCCAACAUUAUGUUUGCCAUUAGUUAUCUGGUACAUGAAAACUACCUCUGGAAUUACGAAGAUGUGGAACAUUUUUCCACACAGAUUUGCUAUUAUGAAACAGGACUGAAACAAUUCUUAUCAUUCUGACAAAUUGUCUACUGUGUCUGUAGCUAAGAUAUUGUACCGAUGAAACAGUUUUACAAGAUAACAUGACAUCAUUGAGUACAAAAUAUGAUGUAACACAUUAUGUGUUAGGAUUUCUUCUCUCACAUGGUUCACACAGGCCAUGAAUCACAUGAUUCACACAGGCCAUGAAUCACAUGGUUCACACAGGCCAUCAAUCACAUGGUUCACACAGGCCAUCAAUCACAUGGUUCACACAGGCCAUCAAUCACAUGGUUCACACAGGCCAUCAAUCACAUGGUUCACAAAGGCCAUCAAUCACAUGGUUCACACAGGCCAUGAAUCACAUGGUUCACACAGGCCAUGAAUCACAUGGUUCACACAGGCCAUGAAUCACAUGGUUCACACAGGCCGUGAAUCACAUGGUUCACACAGGCCAUGAAUCACAUGGUUCACACAGGCCAUGAAUCACAUGGUUCACACAGGCCAUGAAUCACAUGGUUCACACAGUCCAUGAAUCACAUGGUUCACACAGGCCAUGAAUCACAUGGUUCACACAGGCCAUGAACAGUGCUGGAAUUUAAGUUAGUAAUCUUUACUUAGUGCUUGCAAUAUACUGAAAAAUGUGUACUUUGCAAAAGUGUUGCAAUUUAAUGAAUAUUCUUUGAAAAGUGCUGGAAUAUUUACACUUAAUAGUUAAGAAGCUAGAAGUACUGGUUGAAGAUUUUCUCAUGAAGAUAUAUUUCAAAAAUUUCGAGAUAUAAACCAAUCGCCAAAAUCAGUAUAUUAUUUUAAACUGUCAUGAUGUAUUUGUAAUUUGUAUUAAUACUAUAUUACAGUGUAUAAUUAUAUGCUAAAUAGUUAUGUAACGGUAUACAUAAGAACUAUCUUUCCAAACUUAAAACGUUGGAACUACCUUAAGUGGUGUUUUAAUUGUGCUAGAAAUUGAAAGAUUUCACACAGAAAUUAUCUACAAAAUUUAUGAUUUGUUGUCACAUUUCAUGUAAGUUUUUGAUUUGUUGUAGAGUAAACCAAGCUGUGGUUUAUAUUAUAUGGUGUUACGUUAGGUGUGGGAAUAUUUGUCAGAUUAUUUUGCAUUGACUUAUGACAAGAAUUAUCUGUUUCAUUGUUUUAUUAUAGUGAAUAUAACAAUGUUAAUAUUCCUAGGUCAUCAAAGGGUAGUUAUUGUUUAUAGAUAUUUCCGUGAUUGUUAAGCCUAUCAAUGCAGAGCAGAACAAAUUAGUCAUGUUAUAUAUAUAUAUGUUUGUGGUGUGUUGCAAUUGAUUUUUAACAAGAUGUAAAAUUUUGAAAUUGUUGUAAUAAUAUCAUUUUUUUCACUUUUAUCAUUUGUUACAUGAGGUCUGUAAGGAUGAGGAUAGUUCUAGUAGUUCGGUAGUGUGUUGUUCUGUUACAGUAUUUUACUCUUAGUAUUAACCUUGUUCUAAAUCUGAUAAAAAAAAAUCAGACCUGUAAAUUUGCUUCUCAGUGAUUUGAAAGUAUCACAUUGUAUUUUAUUUUAGAGGAUUUGAUUGGCCCAUUCUCGGUUAUUAGCCACAAACUUAUUGGCCCAUUCUCGGUUAUAAGCCACAAACUUAUUGGUCCAUUCUCGGUUAUAAGCCACAAACUUAUUGGCCCAUUCUUGGUUAUAAGCCACAAACUUAUUACACAUUUUUGAUAGAAGUACAAGACUUAUAGAUGUAAUUAGCUUCGGUGUAUACCUGGGCUGUUUUCUGUUGCAGUCUGAUUGUUCAGAUGUAAUUAGCUUUGGUGUAUACCUGGGCUGUUUUCUGUUGCAGUCUGAUUGUUCAGAUGUAAUUAGCUUCGGUGUAUACCUGGGCUGUUUUCUGUUGCAGUCUGAUUGUUCAGAUGUAAUAAAACUAAUUAGCUUCGGUGUAUACCUAGGCUGUUUUCUGUUGCGGUCUGAUUGUUCAGAUGUAAUAAAACUAAUUAGCUUCGUUGUAUACCUGGGCUGUUUUCUGUUGCGGUCUGAUUGUUCAGAUGUAAUAAAACUAAUUAGCUUCGGUGUAUACCUGGGCUGUUUUCUGUUGCAGUCUGAUUGUUCAGAUGUAAUAAAACUAAUUAGCUUCGUUGUAUACCUGGGCUGUUUUCUGUUGCGGUCUGAUUGUUCAGAUGAGCCUUGACAACGACUUAGAGGCCAUUAUAACAUCUGCUUGUCUGUUAAGGUUUAUGCUUGAAAUGCUACAUUAAAAAAAUCUGUAAACCGUUUUAACCCCAUAAAUGAACAGCUUGUACAGUAUUACAAAAAGGCUUAUACCUAUUUCAAACAUCAUGUUAGGGAUGGCUGGUGUUACUUUUUAACACGCAAUCAAUAAAUUUAGUUCAUUUAAGCACAGGUUGUUUAGGCUUUUUGGGCUUAAUGAUGGUAAAAUAUGAUAGAAAGCAAGGACAUGAUGGUGGAAGUCAACAUUUGUAUACAAAAAUAGUCAUAUUUCUAAUAGGGCAUUAGAAUAUAUGUCAUUGCAAUGCAUCAAUUACAUUCUUUCAUUUGAAAAUAAGUUUAAACAGUAUUAACUUAAAAAUUAAUUGAUAUGGAAGAGCUAAUAUUAAAAAAAAAAAAAAAUGGAAGAUUUUUUUUUAUCCAUUUAAUGUUAUGUACAAGAGUUUUUUCUAUUGGUACUGAACUCAACUGAAAACUAGGUCUAAUUUGACUGUAUACAGAGUAUUGAACAGAAAUUUGUCUUCUAGAUCUUUUGAAUUCCAUACUACCAUUUUUGGAGUGUCAUGUUGAAAUUCUUUAUUGAGUACCUGUUGAUCAGGUAGAAACACAAAAUGAAAAUGUAUAUUGUGUGAAUGCUGUUUUAGUGGUAAUGUUUGUUAAAUUUUCAGCUGAAUUUUAUUUGGACCAGCAAUCAAUCAUGACACUUUUUACUACACUUCAGAAUUUGUUCAUUUUGAUAUUGGAUUCUUUUUUAUCUUUUUUUUUUAUGUUUAUUGCUUCCACACAAUUAAAGUGCUUCUAAUUUUCUUUUUUUAAUACAACCUUUUUUUAGUUUUGAUAAAAAGAAAAAAAAUUACAAAUUCUGUAUUGGAAUAUUUAAAACAGUGCUUAAUUAUUUUCUUAUUAUUUUAUUUUAAUGUCAGACCAUUUCGUUUUAAUAGUGCUUAUUUGAAUUUUUUAAAAUUCUAUUUUAAGUUUGUUUUUAGUGCUGAUGUACAUAGAGAAUACAUUUGUUUGAGUAUCCUAAUUUAAUUGUUUAUGUUAUUGGAAAUACUGCCAUGUAUUUCUCAGAAGAGUGAAAUCAUUUGUCAUUAUAAUUGUGCACUGCAUAAUCAAUAGAGUGGGAUCGUCACCUGAGGUUACGUGGCUGGGUCUCUAACAGACAGAGAUAUUACGACCCCGUCACCUGAGGUUACGUGGCUGGGUCUAACAGACAAAGCUAUUACGACCACGUCACCUGAGGUUUGAUGGCUGGGUCUCUAACAGACAAAGCUAUUACGACCCCGUCACCUGAGGUUUGAUGGCUGGGUCUAACAGACAAAGCUAUUACGACCCUGUCACCUGAGGUUUGAUGGCUGGGUCUCUAACAGACAGGGCUAUUACGACCCCGUCACCUGAGGUUACGUGGCUGGGUCUCUAACAGACAGAACUAUUACGACCCCGUCACCUGAGGUUUGAUGGCUGGCGCUCAAACCAACUGAGCUAUCAGGGCCCCUACACAUUUUAAAGAAUAAUUUUGUUUCAUUUUGGAAGGAAUAUAUAUAUUUGAAUGAUACACUUGGCCAGUCAUAUUUUGUACCAUGUAUUAUAGUCAAACCAAUAACGGUUAUGUUGUGAUCUUUAAAGCCAAAAAACAGAACAGAUCAGAUUAGCAUCUGAUAAGUUAUACAAGGGUACCUGUCUUUGUAUGACAUUAUCUAGAUCUAUAAGUAAUACAAGGGUACCUGUCUUUGUAUGACAUUAGUAAUGGGUCUAGAUCUGUAAGUAAUACAAGGGUACCUGUCUUUGUAUGACAUUAGUAAUGGGUCUAGAUCUGUAAGUAAUACAAGGGUACCUGUCUUUGUAUGACAUUAUCUAGAUCUAUAAGUAAUACAAGGGUACCUGUCUUUGUAUGACAUUAGUAAUGGGUCUAGAUCUGUAAGUAAUACCAAUAUUCCUCAUAACAUAGUGUUGUACAGUACAAGUUUUUAUGUUUUAAAACAUACAAUAUACUCUGUUACUUCUGAACUUGUGAUUUCAAGAAAUUUAAUCAUGGGGUAGUCUAGACAUCAGAUAUUUAUAGAAUAUUCAGUGUUACAGUGGAUUCCAAAAUUUUGUUCAGGAGCAACAUUGUGAAAAUGAUUAAAUUUUAACUGGUAUAGAUGAGUCCACUUUGGUGCUAGUAGUUAUAUUGCCAGUUCACUGAACGUUUUAAUCAUGAUAUUUCCCCAGUCUACUUAUGACCAUGUAUUGUGACCUAAAGAUAUUUGAAGUUAUUUGUGUUUAAGACAGCAUAUAGAGGAAGUAGCAAAAUAUUUUGUCUAUUUAUCAAAAUAAAAUCAUUUAUAUUUUCAUUAGGUCUGUAGAACAUUUGUACAUAUAAUAUCAUUUUUAAAAAAGUAUCAUUAAUCCUUACUAAUAUAACCAUUCUUAAAGCCUGGUCAUUUAGUUUUUAGCUGAAAACCAUCGAAAAUUCUUACAAAUUAUCCAGAGGAUUAAAUUCAAAAAGACAAACUUAACCAUAAUGUAAAGUUUUAUGGCUUGACUGAAGGUAAAAUAAAGAUGUACAGGUAGUAAGUACAAACUUUAGGUUUUUUUGUGUUGUACGAGUUUAAACAUAAUGAAUGGUUUGGAAACAUUUAUGUAUGUAAGAUAUAACUGAUUAUUUUUUAGUGUGCAGCAUUCUUUCGGAUUUACUUAAAAGCUAUGAUUUUUUUUUUUUUUUUUGAGAAACUGCAUCGGCUGAGUUCAUUGAUAAAGGAGGAAGGAAUCCUGGCUAGUUACAUAAUGUAUUUCUCUCUUUACUGAAAAUAUUUGAUGACAUUUCAGAGAAAAAAAAAUUAUAUAUAGAAAAGACAUGACAUGAAGAUGGUAUGUUAUACUGACAUUGGCAUGUCUUAGAUAAUUUGAUAUAUAUGUGUAACGAUGGUGAGGUGUUCAGUUUUAAUUUUGUUCACUAUUUAUUGGUACAAUAAUGCUUAAAUUUUUUCUUUCAUCAUAAUAUUACUGGUACAUUGAUUUUGUAUCUUGUAUUUAAAGAGGUAAAAUAUUUGUUUUUUAAAUCAAAAUUACUACUUCUAAUAUCAUCUUAUUCUCAUUUAUUUCCUUUUGGACAAUAUGAUCCAAUAGUUGAAAGAUGCUACACCACCAACAAGAAUAUACAUUGCUUGUCACAAAAUGUCACCCACAGUAUAGAAAUAUGUCCAACACAAACACAUUGAACAGUUAUAAGACACAAUAGUUGCAUAUCCAAUUUUGAGGUGGAAUAUAACAGAAUUUCUUUGGAAUGCAAUUAAUUAUUUACUCAUUUUAAGUUUAAACUGACCAUAUAUACUGGACUUAACUAUUAACUGUGGAUUCUUUGGUCUGGAGAUAUAUUUUUUCGAUUCUGCUUUAAAUAUAAAAUGUAUGCUUGGCUAAAUUGUUCUUUUAAUAUUUUCAAAUUAAAAGAUAAGCUCGGAUUUUUGGAGGCUGGUAAUGGUAUAAAGUAAGCAGCUUUUGGUAUUAUGAAAAUAUAUAACAGAUGAUUCUUGUUUUAAAUCGGUCAUAAUUACACAUUGUUGGAGGUGUAGUACCUUUAUAUCAUUCCACUAGUAUUUGUUUUAACCCUGAAUUCCUCUGUUGUAAUGGAUUGUUUAUAGUGUAGCAAUAAAUGAGGUUCUGUGUAUGCCUGCUAUUUAUUGUCACAAGAACUUGUGUCACUUGAUGUACAAGAUCGUUAUUUGUUGUGGGUUGUGCCUUGUGUAAAGAACUGUAGUAUUGGAUGAAACAUAUAUACCCGACUUGUGUGUGCUCAUCAAUAAAAGAAAUAAAAUGGA